GCUACGGCGGCAGCCAUUUUUGUCGACAGAGUAUUAUGGCUAGCUCUCAUAAAGAUUCUGACAGUGAUGCUUGGGCUCUGUUAGCUUUAAAAUCGGCACCCGCAAGUCCAUCUAAAGUGCAAUGGAGUCCAGAGCCCAAAGGAGCUGCAAUUGCAAGGCUAGAAGGAAGAGAAUUCGAAUAUAUGAUCCGCCAAUAUCGAAUAACUAUAGGACGCAAUAGCCGUGUUGGUGAAGUAGAUGUAAACAUGGGUCAUUCGAGUUUCAUUUCUAGAAGACAUUUAGAAAUAACUUUUGAAACUCCUCAUUUUUUCAUGAUCUGCAAUGGUAAAAAUGGUGUUUUUGUUGACGGUGUGUUCCAGAGAAAAGGCGCACCUCCUCUACAGCUUCCAAAAACAUGUGUGUUCAGGUUUCCAAGUACCAAUAUCAAGAUAAUGUUCCAGUCCUUGAUUGAUGAAAACAACCCGCCAUUUCAUUCCCGUGUCCCCGAAUCUCCAUGCAAGCCCAUGGCUCCGUUACGUAUUAGUAUUCCAGAGCAUGAAGGCAAUUUCACAAGUCCUCCGCCUUCUCCAACUGGAACUAUUAGUGCUGCAAAUUCCUGUCCAACGAGUCCACGUGGAGGUUCACAUCGCCGGAAUUUUGGGAAUGAUUUACAGAUAGCAGCUGUAUAUGCCGUAGCCGCAUCGUCAUCUGAAGAUAAAAAAGUGAAAAUUGAAGCUCCUCCUACAACUAAUAUAUCAGCUCAAUCUUCCAGUCCUCAGGUGUCUUUGGUCACGGAAACUGUGGUAACGUCAGAGCCAGUAGGGACCAGAGAUGAUCAAAAGCCUCCUUACUCAUAUGCACAAUUGAUUGUUCAGGCUAUAUCUUCAGCUCCUGAUAAACAGCUGACUUUAAAUGAAAUUUAUUCUUACAUUACAAAACAUUAUCCUUUUUAUAGAACUGCAGAUCGUGGAUGGCAGAAUUCCAUUCGUCAUAAUUUAUCACUGAAUCGACAUUUUGUGAAAGUUCCCCGACCUCAAGAAGAACCUGGCAAAGGUAGUUUCUGGAAAAUUGACUCUCAGUCUGAAAGCAAAUUGAUUGAACAAGCCUUUAGAAGAAGGCGCCAAAGAGGAGUUCCCUGUUUCAGGGCACCAUAUGGAGGAUUAUCAUCCAGAUCUGCUCCCGCAUCUCCCAGUCACAGUGGAGUGAGUGGUCUUGUUACUCCUGAUUCAUUGUCCAGAGAACCGAGCCCUGUUCCUUCUGAUCAUACAGGUGACUCUGCUUCAGAUGUUGUUACUCAGUCGACUCCAGCAGUUAUAACUCAGCCUGCUUAUAUAGCAUUGACUCAUGAUAUACAAGUUAGUCAUACAACUCCAGGUUCCCCUGGAAACAUUCACACUGUUGAGGUUGUAAGCACUACACCUGCUACUAUAGCUUGUCCUCAAUCCGUGCAAGAGCAAACUAUUAUCACAAGUCAACCAACAAAUCAAACAAUUAUCACAAAUGGCAUUUUGAUCAAUGGUUCGCAUACAAAUGGCAUUAAAACAGAGAAUGGUGAAAAAGCUCCAAGUCAAAGUUUAUUAGCCAGUGUGAAGCCUCGCAUUUUGCUCUGUGGUCAGAAGAUUCAUCAAAGUUCUGAUUCACAAUCAGCAUCACAAGCAACAGUAAUUGUUCAAGCACCACCAUCUACUGUACCUGGUUUUUCUUCUAGUGUAUUAACAGUGGUCACUCCCUCACCUCCAGUAGUCUCUACAGAUAAGCCAGCAAAUGUAUUCAGUAAUGCCACCUUCAUCGCACCAUCAUCAGCAGAGGACAAUGCACAAGGAGUUGCUAAACAACUUAAACGAGCAUUUUCUGACACUAAUGAGCUUGGUAAUUCAUCAGUUCCAGAAAAUAGCAACAACAUUGAAAUAAAAAGGCCAAAAACUGAGUCUACUUCUUAAAAAUUUAUAUUUAGUUAAAAAUUUUAGUGGAAAAACAGACCAACAUUAUAUGACUAGAAAUAAUUGAGUGUCAUACCUAUUAGAUGAAUGUGCUCUUCGAAAAAAAAAAAAAAAAUGAAGACACUUAAAAACCUGAAACAUUUUCAUUUAUUGUUGUGAAAAGAUGUACAUAAAGGAUAAUACUGAGCUUAUGUUUCUUUGAAAAUAGAGCUGCUUUUAGCAGGAUUUUCAGUUCAGUGCUUGCAAAUUCAAUACAUUGAUUCUGUUGCACAUACUGAAAAAUAAAUUAGUCAAUGUAUUCCUUAUAUUGUAUAGUGUAAAUGAAUACCUAGCAUGAGUGUUUAUUUUCUGUAAUUGCAUCUGCAUUUAAUAAAAUGUAUUAUAGCUGCUAAACUCGAGGAGAAAAAAUUGUUAUGUUUUUCAUGUGAUAUGUUUUCCAUUUUUAUAAAUAGUUUACUUAUUGUUUGUUUUAUAAAAUAUAAAACCUCUGAAUUACGUUUGUGAAGAUGAAUUGCUGUUUAUGCAGUUUAUGCAUAACAUUUAUAUGAAUGAAGAAUAAUUAAUGUAAAUAUAUAAUGUAAAAUGUCUUCAAAAAUAACUAGCUUCAUUUCUGUACAAAAUUGAUUAAUUCAUUUCAUCAAAAUGUCGUGUCAGUUUCAUGUCGGUUUUCAAUCAUCUACAUGCACAAUUGUAGUGCUUCAUUAUUUCAUGUUUCACCUCAUUGCAUUAGUUUUAGUUUGUGAGUUUCUUUAAAAUGCAAUAUAAAUGAAAAUGUAUUGAAUGCAAUUCAAACAUUUAACAAAGACUUCUUUUUUUAACUGGUAUGUUUUUUUUUUCAUUGACUUUAUAAAAUAAUACUUAUAAAAUAAAUAUAGUGUAAUUACAAUGUAUUAUAGCUGCUAUAAUACAUUGUUAUUAUUAUAUAGUAUGCAAAAGUUAUUUAUUUGAAUUUCUAAAAUUCAUUUUGUUAGAUUUUUUCAAUUUAUUUCUGUUUUAAUUACAUGUUUUGUGAAAUAUGUUAUCUUUAAAAAAUUGUAUGCAUGCUUAAUGUAUUUGCAGUGCUGAACAAAGAUUAUAAAUAACUAUUGGAUAAAAAUUUGAAAUGUAGUAAAAGUUUUAAAUUCUUAGCGCAAAAGGAAGUCACAUCACAGGGCUUUUAAAAUUAAGGUAAUAUCUAUAGGAUGUUUAUAAAGUCUAGUACUGAUAAAGAAAAUUUAUUUUUAACCCCCCUCCCCCUUUUGGUUCUUAUCUCAUUAAAUAAUAUAGGAGGAGCUUGCAUCAAACACUGAAAAUGGUGUCUGUGUAAAAAAUACUCGGUGCAUUCUUAUACCUGUUGGGGUUUGUCAAUGCACAAGUGUUGCACACUUUUCCUCAAGAUUGACACAUUAAAGGAAAUAGUAACGGAUACAAUAUAAUGGGUUGCAUCAAAUAUGCUAGCUAAAACCUCGCUCCAGGGGUGUGAUAAGGGGGGUUUUGAGAGUCAACCCCUCCAAGAACUCUUGGUUUUAACACAUUGCCAGUCCUUGUCAGAGUAUGUCCAUGUAAGGAUUUUUAUGAAGAAACAUUCUCCUCCUUGUAAGGUAAAUUCUGGCUCCUCUGGUACCUACCAUGGUUGUAAAUUGUCUAUAUUUUCUCAGAAUACAAGGUUUACCCACACAGAAAUGUAAAAAAAAAUUUUAAAACAAAAUUCUGUUUAAGUAUGAAAUAGGUUUUUUUAAAUGAAUUAUCUUGAUCAGUGCAAGAAUGUAAACACACUAUGUAUCUCUUCUACAGUAAAAUGCAUGUUUUCUGUGUAAUGUCUUAUCUGUAGUACUGUCUUUUAAUACUUGUUUCAAGAAAGCUUGAUGCUCCACUAAAUUUAAUAGAAAAAAAUUGAGAAAGAAAUCCUGAGACAGGUAAAGGAGGAAUAUUUAAGAAACAAAAGUACCGUUGCCAUUUUUUUAUUGGGGGGGGGGGCAUAUACUGUUGUACGCUAGAUUUUACACACCCUUUGUGACCACGAAAAAUUUCAUAAAAGCUAAAAACCCUUGAAAACCAGCUACUUGUUAAACAUGAUAUUUAAUUUUCCGUGUUAGAUUUAUAUUGGAAACUCAGAUUUUGAGCAAAAUAAACUGAGUGUAGUACAUUGUAUAUUACAAAAGUUAGGGCAUGAAAUCCAAAUGCUAUUGCUCGCUAUGAUGAAAAAAUGUGUGACAUCAUUCCUUAUGUAGAGCUUAUAAAAAUAAUGUUUUUGCUAUUUUCAGCUAAUAAAGCAUUAAAAAUUAUAUUGUUUUAAUGAAAAAUUUUUGGUGACUAAUGGAAAAGUUCAUAAUUAGAGGUUCUUAAAAUCAAGGGUCAACUGUAUGGGUCAGCAUAAUAGAUUCGUUGUACCCUCAGAGGUUGGGAACAUAUUUUGCCCCUGCAUUAUAACAUUGCCAUAAUGAAAAUGAUUUUUACCAAAUAUAAAUUGUUGUCAUUAAUACAAUACAUUACCAGUACCUUAAAAUAUCCAUUCACACAAAUUUUACUGAAAUCAAUUCAUGCAUUAUUGUAUGUAGAAGUUUUAAUAAAAACAGUUUCUAAGUUUUAUAUAAAUUUCAGAAUCUUUUUUUUUUUGUUUCGUUUAUACAUAACAUUAAAAGUUUAACUUUAUUUGUAUAAUUCCUAUCAUUGCAACUGCUGAUUGUGUAGCAUCUCAAGGUGCUUUUGUCAAAUUAUGUACUCAGUAUGUCUUGGUAUUUUUCCUCAUUUGUAACUCUGUUAGUAUGGGAGGGGACAUUAAUGUCUGUUGUAAUUAAGACAUUGUUUGAACCAUUAGUAAUUUGAUGAAACAAUUGCUUUGCCUUUCAAAGUGUUUUCUUAAGCUUAGUAAAUAUAUUUGAAACCUCUCUUAAUUGUCAUCGAUAGUUUUUAUUUCUUUUUGAAGUUUGAUGUGAAAAUAGAAAAUAUAGUUUCAAGUUUUAAAGCUUUUAAUAAACUUGAAUCUUUGAGUAGUUCUUCAAUAUUGUAGGUAUUUCAUAAUUAUUCAUAUCCCAUAUACCUGCAUACAAAUAGUUGUAGUAAUUACCUCUAUUUCAAAGGUAGAAUUUGAAGUUAUUUUUUUUAUAACUGCUUCAGGUUAUAUAACAAUUAUUUAGCCAUCUUUUCUCAUAAAAACCAUCUUCAUUAUGUCUAGUUAAUAUGAUGAUUAUAUAGCAUGCGUCUUCAUUUUUUAACAAUAAAAUGAAAAUAUUGUGAGUCAUUUUCUUUAUACGAUAGUUUCAUCGGAAAAUAAGAGAUUAGACCUGGGAUUCUUGAAUAUGAGGUAAUUGCACCCAUGCUGAAGUGUUUGAAAUUAUAUUUUUAUACACACCUUUUACCAUUAAUUUGUUACUCUUACUUGGAAACUACAAAUUGUAUAAUAAUAGAAAAAAAAUUGAAUAGGCAGUUAUCGAAAGAGUAGAGUGAACCUUUUUUUUUACGCUUAAAUUAUUUGCCCUUGUCUGCCCAUUAUCAAGAUAUAAGAUUUUAAAAAUCUACUGUAAUUUUAAGAAAAUUUACCAAAUUUGAGGACUUGGCUAGAAAUAGAAGGUACAGUCAACUUUUGAUCCAUGGGACCGGUUAAAACCUUCAAGUAAUCGGUAGUUCGAGUUAUCGAAAGUUCCUUCCCCAGCUUUCCCAAGAAUAGUUUUUAUUUAUUUCUUCAGGAAUAGUGUAUAAUAGAUUGGGGCUAUACACUUAUUGUUUAAAUAAAAUUAUUAGCACUACAAAAAAAAAAAAAGACCUUUGCAGAGAAUUUUAUUAAAAUACUUAAAAAAAGGAAGAUAUUUUUCAUUGCUUACUUUUUUUAUUGCAUCUUAAAACGUCAUAAAGUUUGCAAGUCAUAUACCCAAUAUCUCUUCUCCUGAUUUCAGUUAGUAUUGCUUUUAAACAUCUUUUUGUCCUAAAAGCAGAUUAUUUGAGGCAAACUGAAAAUAAAAGCUACUUGUAAUGUUUGCCAAAAUUCGAAG